AUGGGCAACGUUGUGACUGUCCUGUUUGGUGUCAAACAGGACCGUAUCAAGCAGACCACCUCUAACGAGGUCCGACCGAACAGCAACAGCGGCGAGAGCCACGACGAGCAAGUUCCUUCUGAGUAUGAAACGGCAGAUGAGCACCAAGCCAGCGACGACGGCAAAGCCAAAAACAAAGACGGACCUUCGCAGUUCGACAAGCUCGUACACGAGACUCCUUCACAGUUCAACAAACUCGCACGCGAAGAUGCAGCCGACGACGCAUCCUUAAACAGCGAGGACGACGACGCCCUCUACGACUUCCGCGAGAUCUUCACCCUAGUGAACCGCAUCCGCGCCGACUGCGCGCGUAUAGCCGUCGGCUUCGGCGAGCCCAACUGGGCGAGCUGCCAGUUCUGCGAGCUGCGGCGGCUGCUGCUGCGCGCGGAGCGAGAGUUCCUGGAUCUUAAAGGCCUGAGCGUGCAUGCGGUUGAUGCUAGAGAGACGCUUUAUGCUGAGAAUGCGCGGCUGGUGGAGCGGGUGAGCGAGCUUGAGAGGGAGCUGGAGGAGUGUCGUGGUGCGCCUAGCACUUAG